AUGAGCGUCAUGCAAAAAUCACCAUCCGGAAGACGGCAGCAUCGUCAUGGUCGUUCAUCCGUCCCAAACAUCAACACGCCACUACUAAAUGCCGAUUCAGAUGGAUUUGGAAAUCAGGAUUCAGCAUUUUACGGACUUACGGACGCUAAACUGUCAGAUCUAGAGUUGGCUAAACUUAUCCAGGCCAUGCGUUCAGAUGACGCGGAAGCAUUUGAAACCUUUACGUAUGAGAGCAUCCAAACCCUUGGCAUAAACGUUGCUUUAAUUAAACUGCCAAUGGGUCGAACACCUCUGCAUUAUGCUGCACAAACUAACUUACCAGCAGUCGUGAUGCUAUUGGCCAGGGACAUUACAUCUCUUCAUGUCCAAGAUAAUUUCGGGAAACUUGCUGAGGAUUUUUGCCAGCGUCAAAGGUUAGACAACAUUCGUGACUUUCUCUUUGAACAGUCGAAAGCGCCCUCAACGACAUACGUGACGGAUAUAGAUGACUUAGAUAUGGAUUUUGUAACAACUGUGGAGAUGAAUGGUAAUCCGAAUACCACAAGCCUGGCUUUGCACUUUGAGGCUUACCUCUGCACCAGGGUGAAUCCACUUUACUGCUACAGAGGUCAGACUUACUGUGAAUGCUGCGAUGAAGCAUACAAUCACGAAGAAUUUAGUGGAAAUCCAACAUUAGACAACCUCAUUGCCAGUCGCAACGAACGUUUUAUCAAGCGGCCGACAAAUACCUUCGGGCAAUUUGAAACUCCCUGCUCAAACGUCAUGGCUGAGUUUGUGCGCAUGACCGACGACACGCCUAUGGAGGACUUGGAAAAGUUGUUUUUUCAUUUGUGGAAUCUCCGCAAACCUGGCCUCGUUCUCACCCUUCACGGUUCAGUGCCAGUGACAAAAAUGUCUCAACGGCGCUGCUACAACCUCAUUUUCAACGUAUUUCAAAAAACACUGACCUGGAUAAUCACGGAUGGUCAGUACGGCAGUGUCGCCGAGGUAAUGUCCAUGGGAAUGUCCGGGUACUCGGAGGCCUACGGACUGAAGCGAUUGCAAGCCAUCGGAAUCGUUCCGUGGCGACGUCUACCUUUCCAGUCAGACCUGCGAUCUUUGAAUUAUAUGGUAGGCUUUGCAGGUUACGUGCAGAACCAUGUACUUAUGAUUAAGUACAUCUUUACUUCCUCUUUUGGUUCCGUUGAGGGGUCAACACAAGUUUCAUUCCCACAAAGAGGUCUCAAGUCCGAGCUUCACACACCUUUGGCACCGUUUCACACCCGCUACCUCUUCAUCGACUCCGGAGCGAAGAAUGACAUUCACUGUAUUCAGGACUUCCGCACCAGAUUUGAAGUUUGGCUUUCAAAAGUUAACUUCCGACCAAAAAACUGCACGAUUUCGCACAAUACGCCAGUAUGUGGACUGUUGGUCUCUGGAAGGCCUGAGGAUGCGCUAGGAGUUUGUGAGGCCCUAAAACAGAAUAUUCCCUUUGUCGUGGUGGCGGUAAGUAAUUUUUUUAGCUCCCAAAUUUUUACGUUAGCCCUAUUUCAAGAUGUGAGUAAGAAAUAUUCAUGGAAACCGCGGUUGAAGUUAGCAAUGGAACUCAAUCAAACGGACAUUGUACUGGAGGAGAUUCUGGCUGACAGCCAAUUAACGACCGAUGACAUGGCUCCGUUCGCGAAAAGCUCCCUUCUCACAAACAAAUUGCAGUUUCUUCGUCUUUUAUGUGACGCAGGUCUUAAUCUUUACGAAUUUUCCGAUCAGAAGACGGUCGAAGAACUUUUUACGAUCGAACUGAAUAGAAACAGUGUUGGAGGAAGAGCACUUAAACAAUUUUUCCAGCACUACAAUUCAAAGAUGAUCAGCUACUGCGUCCGGUUCGUUGCAUUGAGAGAAAUUACUAUCCUUUUAGUCGACUUGUCUAACAGUAUUCAGUAUCAAAAAGAAUGUGAGAGCUACGUACAGUACCUCUACUUGUGGUCCCUUGCCUCAAAUCGCUUUGAGAUCGCACAGUAUCUGCUGACAAUGCUGACCGACAUAACCGCAGCGGCUUUGUUUGGGGCGUCUUUUCUGAGGCGGAAGGCGAGGAUCGCUAGGUCGCUAACAGACCGUGACGAGCUGAAAAAUUAUUCCUUGAUGUUCGAAGAUAUGGCACUUUCCGUUUUGAAUCAGUGCUACGCGAGUAAUGUGGAAAGCACGAUGCAAUUACUCAUCAUGGAACGUCGAAGUUUUGGAAAGUUGUCCUGUUUCAUGUUGGCAGCCGAGGGAAAUUGCAAGAACUUCAUGGAACAUCAGGCCUGUCAGGAGUACCUCGACCGUGUCUGGGCGCACACCUUGUUAGUGAAAGCAAGUUCUUUCCAGUUUUUCUUAAGCCUCUUCGUCGGCGCGAUUUGCCCACCAAUCAUUCCCUUCGUGGCUGAAUAUGAUGAAACUCGAUAUUCACAAAAUCCGUCCAAUUCGGAUGACGAAGUGGCCUACUUUGUGCUGUUCUGUCUUUUUGCCCUUAACCUUCAAUUUGAAAUCACUUUCACUGACUACGGAUGGAUGGCCGUGGAAAUCUGUGUUAUAAUUAUGGCUACAGCCCAUUUCAUCGACUUUGUCAGAACUGCCUUCACCAAGUGGAUAUCAUGGCGUGUGUUCUUGGGCCGACGAACUAACCAAUUCGUUCUCGCCACGUUUUUCUUCUACGGUGUGGGGGUCACAAUUCAAGUUCUGGUCAUCCAACCAGUCAGAAGAACAUUUGCCCUUGAGCAAUUCGGUCGCAUCUGUAUCAUCUUUGCUGCAAGCUUCCCCUACCAAAAGCUCUUAUUGUUGCUCUCGAUUAAUCGUUACAUCGGACCGAAGCUGCAGAUGAUAAGGAAAAUGGUCGUGCGGGAUUUGCUACCGUUCCUCGUGAUCGUGCUUAUGUUUUGGACCCUAUAUACAAUCGUUUUUUCGGCAAUUAUCCUCCGACCAAGUAGCCCCAGCGACGUAGAUGGUGCCCUUAGCCGGAUUUUGCGGAUAAUGAGGACCGGCUUCUUUCAAAUGUUUGGUGAAUUCGAUUUGGAAGAACUUCUCAGCCAUUACGGUCUGUUCAAUUACCGUUUCCUAGCUGGGGAUGAUCCAAAAAGGAAGAACCAACUUGACGGGACCUCCCAGUGGUUCCAGCGAUACGCCACGCGUGGCCACCAGGAUAAGCGCUUGAACGUUAUUCGACGGCUUCUACCAAGAGACAUCACGAUCCAAAGCCUCUCUCAGGCCCGGAUGAAGAAGACGGUGAUGGAACAGAAGAUUGACAACAUUGAUCGGACAUUAGAAUCAAUUAUGAGUCUUCAGAUGAAUGACAAGCGCAGCCAAACUCAUUAUAUGCCGUUUCCUUUAGCCGAACUGCCGCCUUCGUUGAUCACAAGCAGGCAAUCACUGGGUGCAUGGAAUGAGGGUUCAGAAGCUCCUACAUCGUUCCAAUGGCACAACCACCAGUUGGCCUUCUACGCCACGAUAAACGCUGAUGUUGUGCCCCACACACUGGACCCUCCGGUUCCUUGGGAGGCAAGUUCGCUCCUGGAGCCUUUUCCAGAUUACGUACCACUUCGAUGGAAUCCCGACACAAAUCUGGUCCCAGCUUGGCAGGUCACCGUUGAUCAACUCUCCCCAAGAAAACUCAAUGUCAAACGGCUCUCCCAACACAUGCUCUCGGUCGACUCAACUGCCCUGACUUUCGCCUCCAGCGGGUCUGAGACGAUUCCCCGGAACCCCGAAGGUCGGGUUGGCACGUCUGGAAAGGGCAUCUUGCCACAGUUCGGUGAAAACCCUGCUUGUGUUGUGGUCGUUACGCGAACUGGAUGGGCCAACUUCCUCUGCCGGCACGAAAGAGAUUGCAGUCAAAUCUCAUGUUUCAAGGAGAUGGUGCGAGCGUUCUGUCAAAAAUUGAACUCCGUGGCGAGCAGGUCGGAGGACGCGCAUUCAACAAUCCUAAGAAAACUGAUCGGUGGCUACAACAAACACAUCCACGUAGGCGCAGUAACGGAUCCAAUAAACUGUGACAACGCCUGGCUCGACAUAACAGUUGUCCAUUUCAAGAUCACGACCGAAUUCCCCACGAGGACUCAGAUUGAGCAGGUAAGUCGAAGCGUGACUAAACAUUAG